AUGAAAAGUAUAUCCCGAAUAGAAACCGAAUUUAUUCUGUCAUCAUCACGGCAAAACUCCCCAGGACAGUUAUCAAAUUCAAGUCUGUCACCACUGGAUAAAUCCAGGAUAUUGUCGACAGCUUCAAGUCUUUCAUCAAGGAACUCUCCUCUUCCGGUAUUACCUACCUCGCCCUCAUCCGUAUACAACAACGAAUCACCAUUAUUUUCACCAUCAAAACAUCUGUCAGGUUUUCCCAGAUUGACUCCUAGAAUACGAACAGACUUGCCUUUCACUGAUAGGAAUGAUGUUAACUCACCUUCACCCCGAUCGAUGACGAAGCCUUCUUUUAAUUGCUCAUCUAACGAGAUACAGGAUCCGGAUUUUAUGCCUGGCAAUUUUUCUCCAAGAGGGAGAUCGUCACCUCUAAAAUUUGGGACGACAGACUCAGAAUUCAGUAUGCAAUCUUCUCCCAUUAUGACAUCUACACAUUCAUCAUUCAGGAAAAAAAACUUAUCAAAUUCACACGAGUCCUCUCCAGUUCGCCGAAUUGCUCCGGAGGUCGGCAAUCAAUCUUCAAUAUAUCGUGGAAAAAAUCUCCUGAACACUUUACAGAAGUUAUCGGUGCGAGAUGAGCCAUUGGAAACACCGACAUCACCUUUAGAAUCAAGAAAUUCCCUUACCGCAUCAAUGUUUUCAACUGGUUCUGUGUCAAAACGCUCAUCUGGGUCUUUAAAAAGAGGAUAUGGUCAGAGCGGCUCGAUUAUAUCCAGCUCAUCAGUUUAUAAAAAACCAGGAUUGCCACUUGAUAUUCGUAUAAUUGUUGAGUCGAGACCUUCAUCCAUCCACCAUGACUUCGCUAGUUUUGAUGGUAAAACUUACAAGAGCUUUUGGAUGCUAUCAGAUAAGGAGGCCGAAACAUUCAAAAAUUGGGAUGCAUUGGAGUUCGAAAGACAGAGCAGGUUAUUUGAAUUCUACAGCAACUUGCAAAGAAUACGAUUUAACAUGAAAAGAAUGGUGUUUCACUAUGGACCCGAGUUCAAGAAAGCCAAAGGAUUGACGCCAAACCAACAGGAUGAUUACAGAAAAACAUUUAUUCCAAUUCAGGCUCUAUAUAAGUAUCUGGACAAGCUCGUUGUUCACAAAUUAAAGCCAGCCUAUGAGGGACAAAUGUUUGUGAAUGACAAAUAUGUCCUUGAAGUUUCCCGUAAAUGGCUCACCAAUGUUGCAGCGAAGUACCACUACAUUUCUCGAAGCGUGGUUUACUUGGCAAGGCUUUCCGCAAAUGAAAAUGUUCGUUCAUGGAUUGCCAAAGAGGAACAGACAGACGAAUUAGCUCGUUCGAACAGAUAUGCUCCUUCUGCGAAGGAGCUUUUCAGUUCUUACUUCAUUAAACUUUUUACACCAUUAGCCUUAAUUUUAAAGGAUCUAACCAAACUCUACGGAAAAAUGGGCAAGAAUGAGAGAAGGGAGACUGUUUUAGCAAUGGAUGAAAUUCUUCAAAAGAUCAACACAACAUCUGAUUACACUACGGAUUUGGACAAUAAAAUAUCCCUUAAUGAGGAUCUACUGUGCUCCGAUUACCUUUACCUCGAGACAGUGGAUCUUUUCAACAUGAACAGACAUGUAAAGCCCGGGUCUUUAAAUAUGGAGGUUAAAAGAGGUGUUGCCUGGACUAAGUGUAAACUAGUCUUGUGUGAUAACUAUCUUCUACCGUUAGUUGAAAAAAGACAUAAGGAAACAUCAUUAUUCUUGGAGAAACCCCCUAUUGCGUUGCAGUAUUUAAUUUACAGGGUUAUCGAACCAAAUGACAAUAAUGAUCCUUACCAGAUUGUGAUCAAAGAUUGCGGUAAUGAAAUUACGCACUUGUUUCGUACACCAAAGGACCAGAAAAUGCCCGCGAUCGUUUUAAAAACUUUUACAAAAGACCUCGAUGCUUUUCGGACCGAAAUGUUCAACAAGCUAUCUGAUGGAUUCAAAUUAACCCUCGUAAAUAACUGGAGCUUUACUACUCACGAGGCAGUCAAUCAUGGGAAGGAUAGUAAAACAUACAAGCCGAGGUUAGGUCCGGAUGCUAGCGAUCGGGUAAAGUUAGCAUUGGAUGAAUCCAGGACAAGACUCCAAAUGCCAAAAUCUGCUAGUGUUCAUCCUCUAUCAGUGGCUGAGCCAUUGACUGGAGAUGUAUUUAGAUAUUCGGACAAUUUAUACUAUGCAAUUGGAGCAAACGAUGGUCUUUACAUUGGUCAGGAAAAUCUUCCAAUGUCAUGGAGAAGAGUUUCCUCUUUACCAAGUGUUACAAAAUUGGACAUUAUUGAUGGUACAGUGCUGUUUCUUCUCAGUGGCGAUAAGCUUUAUAAAGGGGACUUAAUCAAUAUUAUGGAAUCAUAUGAAAGAAUGGGCGGUGCAGAAAAAUGCUUCAAGGAGGUUGUGAAACAUUGCAAGGGUUACACUAUAGGUUACCAAGAGGAGAGAAAUGGUCCAGUAAUUAUGAGCUCAAACUUCGUAUUUUCCUGGAAGGACAAGAAGAUUAAAUAUGGACCGAUAAAUAUGGAAAAUAACUAUAAACCGUCGGUGAAAUCGGUGAAAGCCGUUUUCAAUGUGAACAAAGUCUGCGUUCUUUCGGACAAGCAUUUUUCAAUACUUCAUUACACUGAAGACUCGCCAAUAUUCUAUCUUUCAAAUCUAAACUCUCUUACUAAUACACAAAUGCCGCAGGUCGACAACGAUUCGGAGAUUAGAAUACGACAGAAAGGUCAGAAGCCUAUUGACACAUUCAAAAUGCCGGGAAGGACUCGGAAUGAAUACGAGAUCUUGCUAGUUUAUUCGCGGUAUUGCAUUGCUGUUAGUUACGACUCCUCCCAGCAGGCAUUCACACGUUCCAGAAAUGAGAUUAUGCUUUUCAACUUUGAGUGCAAGGGUGCUUCGUUCGAUUCAUCGAGCAGGAUUCUAUUUAUCUGUGGAAACUGUGGGCUGGAAGCAUGGAGUAUUCCAUCUAAGGAAGAAUUAAAGAGUGAUAGGGAUAUCAGACCAGAACUUGUGACAUGCAUCACUGGAAACCACGUGAGACUUCUUAAUAAUACAAAUCAGAAGAUACUAUUAUGCUUGACGCUUCCUGGUCAAAAACUUGGCGAUGCCGUCGGCCGUCAGAUAUUUUACUUGAACGGAAAUAGGACACCCUGA